AUGCUUCACAUGUGUGAAAGUAUACGGAGUAGUCUGCAAGUCUGUGUCUCAUCCUGUACAAUGACUACCAGGAUUGUAUGCAUUGGGCUUCAUACAGACUGCUGACUUCGGACAGUUCUGCUUUCUCUUCAAGCAUGAGUGAGCUUGUGUGUGUGUGUGAAUGAUGAAGCUGCAAAGAGUACAUCUAAAGUGCAAGAAUCUUCAUGAAUUUCUUCAAGAACUGAGUCCAGGUGUCCUCGACAGGCUGUACAACCACCCUGCUACAUGCUUGGCUGUGUUUAGGGAACUGCCGAGUCUUGCCAAGAAUUAUGUGAUGCGAAUGCUCUUUCUUGAACAGCCUUUGCCCCAAGCAGCUGUUGCAUUGUGGGUGAAAAAAGAAAACCACAAGGAACAUGAAGAGAACACACAAAUCUUGUCUGGUCUGCGACUGUGGCACACUCAACAGCUCCCCGGUGGACUGCAGGGGUUUAUCCUGAAUUCAAUUUUCAGAGAAAACCUAAGAAUUGCAUUACUGGGAGGAGGCAAAGCCUGGGCAGAUGAUGGCAGUCAGCUGGGUCCCGAUAAACAUGGAAAAGAUGUUCUCUCUCUGGAUAAAUAUGCUGAAAGCAGAUGGGAGGUUAUUCUUCAAUUUAUGGUUGGAUCACCAAAUGCAUCAGUGAGUCAGGAUUUAUCGCAACUUCUCAUUUCAGCUGGUCUCAUGAAAAGUGAGUCUGGAGAAGCUCCAAGCAUUUCUUCAGCUGGAUUUCAAUUCCUACUGCUAGAUACAGCUUCACAGCUCUGGUAUUUUAUGCUACAGUACUUGAAGACAGCCGAAUCACGUGGGAUGAAUCUUGUAGAGAUUCUUUCUUUCAUGUUCCAGCUGAGCUUCUCAACACUUGGAAAGGAUUACUCUGUGGAAGGGAUGAGUGACUCCUUACUGACUUUCCUGCAGCAUCUGCGGGAAUUUGGACUAGUGUUUCAGAGAAAGAGAAAGUCCCGACGCUACUACCCAACACGACUAGCUAUUAAUCUGGCAUCUGGGAUAUCUGGCUCCACUCUGGAUAGCCACAAGCAAGGUUUUAUUGUGGUAGAGACUAACUACAGACUCUAUGCAUAUACAGAUUCAGAACUGCAGAUCGCUCUCAUUGCUCUUUUUUCUGAGAUGUUAUAUCGUUUUCCUAACCUGGUAGUAGCGCAAGUCACUAGAGAAAGUGUACAACAAGCUAUUGGAAAUGGUAUCACUGCUGAGCAGAUAAUCCAUUUCCUGAAGACUAGAGCACACCCUGUGAUGUUGCAACAGACUCUAGUUCUUCCACCAACUAUCACUGAUCAGGUUCGUCUCUGGGAGCUUGAGAGAGAUCGUCUUCGUUUUUCUGAAGGUGUUCUAUACAAUCAGUUCCUUUCACAGGUGGACUUUGAGCUGCUAAGAAAUUAUGCUAAUGAUCUUGGUGUACUUGUGUUUGAAAACCCUGCCCGGCGAGUUAUGGUCGUUACACAAGCUGGACACCCAGAUGUUAAGCGAUUCUGGAAGAGACAGAAACACAGUUAAUGAGACCAGGAUUAAAACUUUUUGGAGCGGAAAGAAUGCUGGUUUAUAACGAAAUGACACUGAGUUUUGUUACUGCUAUGGCACCAUGGAUGGGAUUUUAUACUGCACGAGGAACUUUUGUGCAUAGUUCAGCUAAAUACAUUUUGCAAGAAGGAUCAUUGAUUCCUGUUUCCAGUUUCUGCACUAUGACUUUCAGUGAUGCAAAAAGAGAUGUAUACUUUUUUUAUUAAAAUCAAGACAACUGAUAUUUUAUUUCAGUUCUCUAAUUCUUCAGUUACUGUGAAUAAAAAAAAAUCAUCCAAGACUUUAAGAGCCAGUAGGUAUGGGAGCUGGCAUUUUAAACCAUUAUGCUCACAAAUGGUGGCUUAAUAAUGAAACAGCUCUUUGGAAUAUUUAAAGUGGAUCCCGAUGCUUUAUCUCUAAUUGCUGCUACCAUAAAUAAACUGGUGAGGACAAAAUG